GACAAAAUACUCGUAUGACAAAAGGACAGGCAGAAGAGCCAUUCCAAAUAAUGAUCAUUCCAAUGUAACUACAGUCCAAGUCCCUACGUAAGUCAGAACCAAUGACAUUCACCACCCUCGCAACUUGAUUGAAAUCAACAAGUCUCCACUCAUCUAAACCUAUCUUCUUCACAAAUCACAAUAGCAGACUUGAGAAAUGGCAAUCACAAGACUGGAUGUGUUCUUAGGGAACUUGAAGAGGUUAAUUUACGAUAGCAGUAACAAAUUGAUUGCAAGCAACCGACUGAUCCAAGCCAGAAUGUUAGAAAUCCAACUAUUUUAUGAGGAACUUGACUACCUUAUUGAAUCUGGUUUCAAUAACAUGAUCAACAAUGAUGAAGAGCCAUUCCGUGAGGUUGACGAGAUUGAAAUUAACUGGAAAAGAAGACUUAUGGAUGUAGCACACAAAGCAGAAAACAUUAUUGAUACAUUCAUAUCCACUGCCAUCCUCAAGCAGAAUUUAUUCUUCAUUAGUAUGCGUUCUAAUGUCGUUGAUUGCCCCCUGCACCUUAAAGAUGUUUUGGAAGACUUAAAAUCUAUCGGGGAAGAGAUGAGUCAUCAUAAUAAUACUAUCCAGCACCAUGUGGAGUACUCUCAAAGUGAAAGUAGCUCACAAGUUUCUGAAACUUCGUUCCACAAAGUGAACCCAUGUGAAACAGAGCAUCAACAUGAACAAGUCAUUGUGGGCUUCGAUGAUGAUGCACUGUCAAUAAUGGACAGACUUACCAGAGACGGAAAGCAUCUAGACUUCAUCUCGAUUGUGGGUAUGGGCGGAGUAGGUAAGACAACUUUAGCUACCAAAAUAUUCAAUGAUCCGUAUGUUGUAUACUAUUUUGGCGUACGUGGGUGGAUUACUGUUUCUGAAACUUAUGCAAAACGAGAUCUGUUGAUAGAAUUAUUGGCAUCAAUUGGCAAACCUGUUCAUGAAGAAACUACUGAAUUUAAACUCUGUGAAAUGGUGUACAAGAGCUUAAAGGGUAGGAAAUAUUUGAUUGUGAUUGAUGAUGUGUGGAGUGCCACAGCAUGGGAUGAUCUGAGACUCUAUUUUCCAGAUGAUAAGACUGGAAGUAGAAUCUUGAUAACCACUCGAGUUACAGAAGUUGCAUGCCAUGCAAGGCUUGCAAGCGGUUUUGCUCACCAUCUACAAUGUUUAAACGAAGAGAAAAGUUGGGAGCUGUUGCAUAAGAAGACUUUUAGGGGAUAUGAUUGCCCUGAAAGUUUGAUUGAAGCAGGGAAACAUAUAGCUAAAAAGUGUGGAGGAUUGCCACUUGCAUUGGUUGUGAUGGCAGGUGUAUUGGAAAACGGAGAGAAGAGUAAAGAUAUGUGGGAGAAAGUUGCUGAAAGUGUGAGUUCACACAUUGUCGAGGACCCUAAAGGAUGCUUAGAUACACUAGCUCUUAGUUAUGACCAUCUACCACGUCAUUUGAGAAAUUGCUUUCUCUAUGCUGGCGGCUUUCCGGAAGACUGUGAAAUCCAAGUAUGGAGGUUGAUCCGCUUAUGGAUGGCUGAAGGGUUUAUUAAAGAAUCAGCUGAAAGAAGCUUGGAGGAACAAGCUGAGGAUUACCUCAUGGAUCUUGUUGACAGAAAUCUGUUGAUUGUUGUCAAUAGAAGGUCUGAUGGUGGAAUCAAGUCAUGUCGUAUGCAUGAUAUUUUGAGAGAGCUAUGCUUGAUAAAAGCUUCUGAAGAGAAGUUCUUUAUUAAGAAAAUAGAUCUCUCAUAUGGCUAUCGUUCAUCUUAUUUUACUUCCAGCAUAAAGGAGCAACACCACCGUCUAUUCGCAGAUUAUAAAGUUUUAGGUGAGAUAUAUAAUUCACAUGAUUGUACCACACACAUGCGAUCAGUUUUGUGUUUUUUUAACACUCACCAAUCCAUUAGAUUUGAAAGUACAAGGUGGGUUCCUUCCUUUUUGCUACUUAGGGUGUUGGAUAUACUAAAUAUUCGGUUGGCCGAUCUCAGUGACAUAUUCAUACUAAUUCAUUUAAGGUACCUAGCAGUUUGGCGCCCGAACCACGACUACUCAUUCUCAGUUCGCAAUCUCUGGAACCUUCAAACUCUCAUUCUGAAAGGGGAGGUUUUUGAUUCCAUGGAUCUAAAUAUGGAGAAUAUGGUGGAUCUUAGGCAUUUAUGGAGUGAAAGGACCAUCUCUAUUGAUUCCCGUUCUUAUGUAUUAUGCAACUUGCAAACCCUGUCAAGGGUAAGAUUAGCUGUUGGAGAUCAAAAUUUGAUGCGAUCUUUUCCGAAUAUAAAGAAACUUGCAUGUUCUGUUUCUGGGACAUUCAGAGAUCAUGCAUUCCUUAACUUUGCCUUGUUAACUCAUCUUGAAGCGUUGGACGUGGAGUACAUGGAUAAUCCAUCACCUCUAGUGAAUCCAGUCAGGUUGCCAGAAACCUUGAAAAAGCUUACUUUAAAAGGGUUACGUCUUCCUUGGACUUAUAUGUCAAAGAUUCGAUUCUUAACUAAGCUUGAGGUUCUCAAGUUACUAGACUCUUCGUUUGAGGGAAAUCAGUGGGUUACUGGUGAUGAGCAGUUUCGCAAACUAAAAUUCCUGAAAUUAGAGAAUCUGAACAUCCAUUUAUGGGAAGCCUCUAGCAUGAACUUCCCCCAGCUGAGGAAACUAGAGGUGAGAACAUGCAAAAAUCUGAAGGAAAUUCCACUAGAAAUAGGAGACAUCUCUACACUUGAGCAUAUUGAGAUUGAUGACUCAAACUCUUUGGUACUCAGGUCUGUUAAUGAAAUUCAAGAAAAGCAACGUGAAAUGGGAAACUAUGACAUCCAUGUCAAGUUCGUAGACACUGCUCCACAGGAAGUUUUCUUUGAGGGAGACCCUUAUUAUGAAUAAUUUUUAAUUAUAUCAUGGCUGUAUUCAGCUCUUUCUUAUAGCAAUAAUAAGGCGAUUGCAUAGACAAUUUUACAAUAUCUACUAUCAUGACCAUUUUACAUUUUACAAUAUCUAAUAUCAUGACCAUUUUACCUCAUAAAGACCGUAUACCCGGUUAACUUGAUGAUUUGGCUUUUAUUACAGAAUUAAAGCUAGCCACCUAAUAAAAACAAGGAAACAAUUUAUUAAGGUUUGUUCGUAAUUCUAAUCAUCGAGCUUUGAGGAGCAAUCAAAGGGUUUCAGACAUUUGAAACGGAAUC